AUGAAAGACCAAGACAUCGGCGAAACUUCGCAAGGCUCGGCUUCAUCGACAACGAGUGGGUUUACUCGUCCUCACUACCGUCGCAGAAACAAACCACCCUUCUCAUACGCAGAACUCAUCAGCUUGGCAAUUUUGUCUUCUGAUUUCAAGAAACGGACUCUCCGUGAAAUUUGUGAGUAUCUCGAGUGCACGUUUCCCGUCUUCCAAGGGGAGUACACGGGAUGGAGAAACAGUGUCCGACACAACCUCUCUGCCAGCGGCCGUUUCGUUAAAGUUCUUCGCGAUCGCAAACGUCCAUUUGGGAAAGACAACUACUGGGCCAUAAAGCCCAAUACUAAGCACGAUAUACAAAAAAUGCAAGAGAGGCUUGAUGAAUAUCUCUCAUCGAGCAAGGGUAAAAACACUGCGAAUGAGCGAAAAGAAAGACGACCGAACACGUCGCCUGCAUCGGGCACUGUUAGGAACAAACAACUCCCGGUCGCGCCACGCCAGAAAGCUCCACACUCCGGUGUCUCUGUGUAUGAUAAGACACCACGAACCGAAGCAUCAAUGGACACGUACCGAAAUCAUUCUUUCACAAACUUCCAACAGCCACGUACGGUGACACUGCAACACGACCAGUAUUACUACGACUACACAGCAUAUCAGCAGUAUUGCGCAUAUCAGGCUGCCAGCAUGUACCGGUACAAGCCAAGUGACUCCAAAGUGCCGGACCAGAACUCAGUAACCACUGCUCAAGUCAACGGUUCACCCUGCCAAUCGCCAUACCAGUUCGGCCGAAUAUACCAGUACAACCGAGACCAAAUGACUCCUUUAUCGGAAACUGCUUAUCUAACUGACGACGAUGAGUCUAUGUACACCAGUGGUGCAAGUAAACUACAAGACCCGACCCAAAUGCAGUCUGACUUCGAAUGCAAAACUUUCCAGACUCUCAUCGACACCGACACGAACACGAUAUCCACUGGUGCGCAUGUUGUUUGCAAGACUGAAGAUUGCGGCAACGGCGAAUCAACUUACGAUAGCGGCAGUUCCGACGAACAACGAGGAGAAAGCUGCAUGUAUGACACGGUCUCCAUGUUCGAAUACGAAAAGGGAACCUUCCAAACCGUGAGCGAUAUACUAAACGGAGUGACCGAACUCAUUGAUGACACCAGUCUGGCUUCGCUCACUGAGAUGACAGAUGGACCCUAAAUCCGAAUAUAAUCAGAGCAUUUGUUCUCUCAAAUUAUGUACGAUAACGACGUUUUAGUAUUGAAGAUGUGCAUACUAUUUUUAAUCUUAUAGUGUGCCAUGCUUCGUUUUCCCAGAUCAUAGUCGGGACCACAGUCAGCUGGCGCACACGUGAUAAUAAAAUAAAUUUGAUAUUUACUAUAUG